CCCCCAGCCCUGGCCCCACCUCUCUCUCUUCUUUGCACCUCUAGACUCCAUCUUCCUUCUCCUGCCCCCUCCCCACUCUGAGCCCCUGGAGUUGCUAGAGGGAAGAGGGCUGAAGCUCCAAAGCCCCGAGGGGGACGAAGCCCUCACUCCGCUUCCCCCUGUGCCCCCAGCUUCUGUCUCUCCCUCCCUCUCUCCCUCCCCUUCACCCAGCAGCCUCCUCCCCUGGAGACCCCCCCCCCGCCUCCAGCCCAGCCUUCUCCAGGCCCCUCCCCCAACCCCAAACAUCUCUGCUCCGCCGGGCGGGCCGGCCAGCCCCCUCCACUCCCCUCCUGCUGCCCUCUCGCUGGCUCCUAGCUCCGCUCCCUCGCUAGCUCGCUCCCUGCUAGCUCUGCUUCGCUGCAGCUGCAUCGGGGCCGGCCCAGGGGCUCGAGUUGGCGGACAGUCUGGGACAACCUCACCCAGGUUUCCCGGUCCUAGCUCCUCAGUCCCUGCGGAUGAGCCUGGUGGAGAAGAUCUCGAAACCCAUGGGUGCCUAGUAGUGGCAGGGACCCGGGGGGCAGGCCCCCCCAUCUUGUGUUCCCCCAGGAGCCCAACUGGAAAACAUUGGUCACUGGCACAGGGGGUGAGUGAGGGCUCUCCCCGACCUCCCCCGUCUUCCACCCUCCUCUGGGAGCCUGGAUGCUGCAUGUGUUUGAGGACGCUGCCCCGUCUGAAGGUCGGCUCAGGGUCUUGCAGCAUAGGGGCUGAAGGGGCCAUCGCCUCUCAAGUUGGAGGUCAGAGCUUGCUGCCAAGGAUGAGGCCCACCCAUUGUCCUGGCAUGUCCUUGGUCAUCAGCCCCUUGGGUCUCCUCAUGGCCCUGCUUCUGGGCUGUCUGGCUGAAGAAUCCCCCAGGUUCAUCAAGGAGCCCCGGGAUCAGAUUGGGGUGUCAGGUGGUGUGGCUUCCUUCGUUUGCCAGGCCACUGGAGACCCCAAGCCGCGGGUGACUUGGAACAAGAAAGGCAAGAAGGUGAACUCCCAGCGGUUUGAGACUAUCGAGUUUGAUGAGAGUGCUGGUGCGGUACUUCGGAUCCAGCCCCUGAGGACGCCCCGGGAUGAAAAUGUGUAUGAAUGUGUGGCGCAGAAUCCCAUCGGGGAGAUCACUGUGCAUGCUAAGCUCACUGUCCUCCGAGAGGACCAGCUGCCCCCUGGCUUUCCCAACAUCGACAUGGGCCCCCAGCUGAAGGUGGUAGAGCGUACAAGGACUGCCACCAUGCUCUGUGCGGCCAGCGGAAACCCAGACCCCGAAAUCACCUGGUUCAAAGACUUUCUACCAGUGGACCCCAGCACCAGCAAUGGCAGGAUCAAACAGCUGAGAUCAGAAAGUACUCCGAUCCGAGGUGCCCUGCAGAUCGAGAGCAGCGAGGAGACGGACCAAGGAAAAUAUGAGUGUGUGGCCAGCAACAGCGCGGGAGUGCGCUACUCGUCCCCCGCUAACCUUUACGUGAGAGAGCUACGAGAAGUACGCCGGGUGGCCCCCCGUUUCUCCAUCCUGCCCGUCAGCCACGAGAUCAUGCCCGGAGGCAACGUCAACAUCACCUGUGUGGCCGUGGGCUCCCCCAUGCCCUAUGUCAAGUGGAUGCAGGGGGCCGAGGACCUGACCCCUGAGGAUGACAUGCCUGUGGGGCGGAAUGUCCUGGAGCUCACCGAUGUCAAAGAUUCAGCCAACUACACGUGCGUGGCCAUGUCCAGCUUGGGCGUCAUCGAGGCUGUGGCACAGAUCACAGUGAAGUCCCUCCCCAAGGCCCCUGGAACCCCAGUAGUGACAGAGAAUACCGCCACCAGCAUCACCAUCACAUGGGACUCAGGCAACCCCGACCCCGUGUCCUAUUAUGUCAUCGAGUACAAGUCCAAGAGCCAAGAUGGCCCUUAUCAGAUCAAAGAGGACAUCACCACCACACGCUACAGCAUCGGAGGCCUCAGCCCCAACUCGGAGUACGAGAUUUGGGUGUCGGCUGUCAACACCAUAGGGCAGGGCCCUCCCAGCGAGUCGGUAGUGACCCGGACUGGGGAGCAGGCCCCAGCCAGUGCCCCCCGAAAUGUGCAGGGCCGUAUGCUCAGUGCCACCACCAUGAUCAUCCAGUGGGAAGAGCCGGUGGAACCCAACGGCCUGAUUCGUGGCUACCGUGUUUACUACACCAUGGAGCCCGACCACCCCGUUGGGAAUUGGCAGAAACACAACGUGGAUGACAGUCUCCUGACGACCGUGGGCAGUCUGUUAGAAGAUGAGACCUACACUGUCCGUGUCCUGGCCUUUACCUCUGUGGGUGACGGACCCCUCUCAGACCCCAUCCAGGUCAAAACACAGCAAGGAGUACCUGGACAGCCCAUGAACUUCCGGGCAGAAGCUAAGUCCGAGACCAGCAUCAGCCUGACCUGGAGUGCCCCUCGGCAGGAGAGUAUAGUGAUGUAUGAGCUACUCUACCGGGAAGGAGACCAUGGCAAAGAGGUAGGGAAAAACUUCGGCCCCACAACCUGGUUCGUGGUGGAAGACCUGAAGCCUAACACGGAAUACACCUUCCGCCUGGCAGCCCGCUCCGCACAAGGCCUGGGGGCCUUCACCUCGGAGGUCAGGCAGCGCACUCUCCAGUCUAAACCGUCUGCCCCCCCUCAAGACGUAAAAUGCGUCAGCACCAGAUCCACGGCCAUUCUGGUAAGUUGGCGCCCGCCGCCCGCCGAGAGCCAAAAUGGUGACCUAGCGGGCUACAGUGUGCGCUACCGAGCCCUGGACUCUGAGGACCCGCACCCCCGGGAGGUGAAGCAGAUCCCCCCCAGCACCACGCAGAUCCUCCUGGAGUCCCUGGAGAAGUGGACUGAGUACCGCAUCACCGCGGUGGCCCACACGGCCGUGGGACCAGGGCCCGAGAGCUCGCCCAUCAUCAUCCGCACCGAUGAAGAUGUGCCCAGUGCGCCCCCUCGGAAGGUGGAGGUAGAGGUGCUGAACUCCACAGCCAUCAGGGUGCUGUGGCGCUCACCUGUCCCCAGCCGGCAGCACGGACAGAUCCGAGGCUACCAGGUCCACUAUGUCCGCAUGGAGAAUGGUGAGGCCAAGGGGCUGCCCCAGAUCAAAGACGUCAUGCUGGCUGAUGCCCAGUGGGAAACAGAUGAUACAGCUGAAUACGUGGAAUUUCCCCAAGGAUUUCCCCAAGGAGACAAGACCCCCAUACCAGGACUGCUGAAAAAGCAAUCGCAGGCAGUGUGUGUUAACAUCUCUGUGGCACUCACUGAGAUGGUCAUCGACAAGCUACAGCCUGAAACCUCGUACUCUGUCACCGUGGCAGCAUACACUAUGAAAGGUGACGGUGCACGCAGCAAACCCAAGCUGGUGGUGACCAAGGGAACAGUCCUGGGCAAACCCAGUCUAUCUAUACACCAGACCCUGGACAACAGUUUGCAGGUGCACUGGGAGCCAGCCCCGGGGUCCGAGGGCCAGGUCCUAGGCUACCGGCUGCAGUUUGGCCGGAAGGAUGUGUCCCCUUUAGCCACCCUGGAGUUCCCAGCCUCAGAGGACCAAUACACAGCCACUAGCAUCCACAAAGGGGCCACGUACGUGUUCAAACUGGCUGCCAAGAGCCGGGCGGGCUUCGGGGAGGAGGCGGCCCAGGAGCUCAGCAUCCCUGAGGACGUGCCGCAGGGCUACCCGCACAUCCUGGAGGCUGGCAACGUGUCGGCAGCCUCGGUGCAGUUCCGCUGGCUGCCCCCCGUGCCAGCCGAGAGGAACGGGGCCAUCGUCAAGUACACCGUGGCCUUUCGAGAGGCCGGCUCGGUGGGGCCACCCGUGGAGACAGAGCUUCCCGCAUCACCGGAUAACUCGUUCACCCUGCAAGGCCUCAAGCCCAACACAGCCUAUGAUGUUAAAAUCCGUGCCCACACGAGGCAGGGCCCCGGGCCCUACAGCCCCACUGUCCGCUAUCGGACAUUCCUUCUGGACCAAGUCUCACCCAAGAACUUUAAGGUGAAGAUGGUGAUGAAGACCUCGGUCUUGCUGAGCUGGGAAUUUCCUGAGAAUUAUAACUCCCAUACCCCCUACAAGAUCCAGUACAAUGGGCUCAACAUUGACGUUGAUGGCCGCACCACCAAGAAACUCAUCACCAACCUCAAGCCAAGCACCUUCUACAAUUUUGUGCUGACCAACCGUGGGAACAGCAUGGGCGGCCUGCAGCAGACAGUGGCCGCCUGGACGGCCUUCAACAUGCUGAGCUCCAAGCCUGCCAUCGCCCACAAGCCUGAGCCCGACGGCCGCGUGCUGGUGCAGCUCCCCGAUGGCCAGAGCCCCGUGCCUGUCCAGAGCUACUUCAUUGUGGUGGUGCCUUUGCGGAAGAUCCGGGGAGGAUUCCAGAAUCCCCCAGCAAGCCCAGAGGAUAUGGACCUAGAAGAGCUGAUUCAGGACAUCUCAAGGUUGCACCGGCGGAGCCUACGCCACUCCCGCCAGCUGGACUCCCCCAAGCCCUACAUCGCCGCCCGCUUCUACUCUCUGCCCUCACGCUUCGAGCUGGGUGACCAGAGACACUACAGCGGCUUUGACAACAAAGCCCUCGAGGCCGGCCAGAGAUACGUCUUCUUCGUCCUGGCAGUGCUGCAGAAGACAGAGCCCACCUUCGCGGCCAGCCCUUUCUCCAGUCCCAUCCAGCUGGACAAUCCUGACCCGCAGCCCAUCAUCGAUGGGGAAGAGGGCCUCAUCUGGGUCAUCGGGCCCGUUCUGGCCGUGGUUUUCAUCAUCUGCAUUGUCAUCGCCAUCCUGCUUUAUAAGAACAAACCUGAUAGCAAACGUAAGGACUCGGAGCCACGCACCAAAUGCCUGCUGAACAACGCGGACCUCACCCCCCACCACCCAAAGGACCCGGUGGAAAUGAGACGCAUAAAUUUCCAGACACCAGAUUCUGGCCUCAGCAGCCCCCUCAGUGACCCCGAGUUUCACUUUGAAAGUAUGCUCAGCCACCCUCCAAUCCCCAUCACCGAGAUGGCUGAGCACACAGAGCACCUCAAAGCCAAUGACAACCUGAAGUUAUCCCAAGAGUAUGAGUCUAUUGACCCCGGACAGCAGUUCACCUGGGAACACUCUAACCUGGAGGUGAAUAAGCCCAAGAAUCGUUAUGCCAAUGUCAUAGCCUACGACCACUCUCGGGUCAUCCUUCUCCCCAUGGAAGGCAUCGUGGGCAGCGAUUACAUCAACGCCAACUACAUAGAUGGUUACCGAAAACAAAACGCGUAUAUCGCCACGCAGGGACCCCUGCCUGAGACCUUUGGCGACUUCUGGCGCAUGGUGUGGGAGCAACGCUCUGCCACCGUGGUCAUGAUGACCAAGCUGGAGGAGAAGUCACGGAUCAAGUGUGACCAGUACUGGCCUGGCCGGGGCACAGAGACCUAUGGUGUGAUCCAGGUUACCCUGCUGGACACAAUCGAGCUGGCGACAUUCUGCGUCCGGACCUUCUCCCUGCACAAGAAUGGUUCCAGCGAGAAGCGUGAAGUACGCCAGUUCCAAUUCACAGCGUGGCCAGACCAUGGCGUCCCUGAGUACCCAACACCCUUCCUGGCUUUCUUGAGAAGAGUGAAGACCUGCAACCCUCCAGAUGCAGGCCCCAUUGUGGUUCAUUGCAGCGCGGGCGUGGGCCGGACAGGCUGCUUCAUCGUCAUAGACGCCAUGCUGGAGCGGAUCAAGCCCGAGAAGACCGUGGACAUCUACGGGCACGUGACCCUCAUGCGCUCACAGCGCAACUACAUGGUCCAGACCGAGGACCAGUACAGCUUCAUCCACGAUGCCCUUCUGGAAGCCGUUGCCUGUGGCAACACUGAGGUCCCCGCCCGCAACCUUUACUCAUACAUUCAGAAGCUGGCCCAGGUGGAGACUGGCGAGCACGUCACGGGCAUGGAGCUGGAGUUCAAGAGGCUGGCCAAUUCCAAAGCCCACACGUCCCGCUUCAUCAGUGCCAACCUUCCCUGUAACAAGUUCAAGAACCGCCUGGUGAACAUCAUGCCGUACGAGAGCACACGUGUGUGCCUGCAGCCCAUCCGCGGCGUGGAGGGCUCUGACUACAUCAAUGCCAGCUUCAUCGACGGCUACCGGCAGCAGAAGGCCUACAUCGCCACACAGGGGCCGCUGGCAGAGACCACCGAGGACUUCUGGCGGAUGCUGUGGGAGAACAACUCCACCAUCGUGGUGAUGCUCACCAAGCUGCGGGAGAUGGGUCGGGAGAAAUGUCACCAGUACUGGCCAGCAGAACGAUCGGCACGCUACCAGUACUUUGUGGUGGACCCCAUGGCGGAGUAUAACAUGCCCCAGUACAUCCUGCGCGAGUUCAAAGUCACCGACGCCCGGGACGGCCAGUCCCGGACUGUCCGCCAGUUCCAGUUCACAGACUGGCCAGAGCAAGGCGUGCCAAAGUCGGGCGAAGGUUUCAUCGACUUCAUCGGCCAAGUGCACAAAACCAAGGAGCAGUUUGGCCAGGACGGGCCCAUCUCUGUCCACUGCAGUGCCGGCGUGGGCAGGACUGGGGUCUUCAUCACGCUCAGCAUCGUCCUGGAGAGGAUGCGCUAUGAGGGAGUGGUGGACAUCUUCCAGACGGUGAAGAUGCUACGGACGCAGAGGCCGGCCAUGGUGCAGACGGAGGAUGAGUACCAGUUCUGCUACCAGGCUGCCCUCGAGUACCUUGGAAGUUUUGACCACUAUGCAACAUAAAAAGCCAUCCCUCCCCGAACCGACUCCACGGGCCGCUGGACGUCAUGGACGCUCCCCCUUCCCUCACCCGGAAGGGUCCUCGAACUGAUUACCACAAACUGAACCGAACAAGUACCUUUUUAUUUGGACACCACAGCGGGAGCCUGGGGGAAGGGCGGGCCCAACGCAGGCCACUCACUCUGGGGCCUCCACAGCAUGAACUCCAGGAGCGGUCCAGAAGCUUGUGAGCCAGGGCUGGUCUGAGCAGCAGCGGCUUGUUACCUCAAGUUGGCUUUGGUCCCCAGGUCACCUUGCCCCCCCCCAGCCCCCACUCCGGGGAGGGGCACAGUCACUUGGGGCCCAUCAUUAAGAAUUUGAUGUCUUUGUUUGCCUGGUUGGACAUUUUUAGGGGAAAUCACCCCCCCACCCACACCACCCUCCACCAUUCACCCACGCAGAGCCCCCAGCCGCAGCCCUGAGCCAAUGACCACAUCAAUGAAAUGCCUCCUCUGUACAGCACUGGGGGAGGGACAGAGAUUCGCCAAGCCUGGCCCGGCCUGCCAGAACUCCCCCAGCAUGGGGAGGGAAGGCUGCCCAGGGGUCCCCACAACCAGGACCCAGCUGGGAGGCAGGGGGGCUGGGGCCACAUCCCCUUUUGAAUACUUGGAACAUUCCUUAUUUCUUUUUUGAUUCCAAAAAAUGUUAUUUCUGGAAAGCUGGAGAAAAAGACAAAGGGGGGAGGGUGCAGCAUGGCAAGUAGCUUUCCUGCAGGUGGGAUUUCAGAGGGUGGGGAGAGGGGGGCAAGGCAGAGGAGCUGCUGGGACAGGCCUGUUCAACCCAUUCCUCCCUGUCUUCAGCAAAUACUGUCUCCUUUCUCCCACCCCUGCCCGGGGCUUGGGGAAGAGACGGUUCUAGACUCAUAGGAUUCCAACCAGAAGGAACCUUAGGAAUCGUAGGACCCAUUGCUUUACAGGUGAGGAAAUAGGCCCCACAAGGCCAUGACUUGCCCUGGGUCACCCAGGCAAAGUCUGAAUUUGAACCCGAAGCCUCUGCCGGUUCUCCCUACCCCCUCCGGAUAACCAUGCGGCCUCCGCCGAGCCCACCUCCUCCCAGCCGUCAGACCAUCAGGAAAGAGCAGAGCCUUGGCCCUGCCUUGGCCCUGCGCUGUGAGCGGCUUUCUUUAAAGUAUCGAUGUAACUGUAACCAGUGACAUUACCGUUUUUUUUAAAUAGUGUAUUUUUCCUUUUUUUAAAAAAAAACUGACAGAAUAUGAGUCAAUGAAUUUAAAAGAGAAUUUGCUUAUUCAUAUUACGUUCAAAGACAGUCUAUUUUUUCACGGUAGAAACGUUCUGUGUGCUGGCUGUGAUCAUGUACAAGAUUACGUGCGAAUUGCUACUUCUACAUAUGCUUUUCUACCAUUGGAAAGGUUCGACUCGCUCAUGGAAGAAUGAACUGUCCUUGUUUUGUUUUUAAAUUAAAUCUCAGACAUAUCAGGCAUGGCUCCAGGUGCGGGGGAGGCCAGGGGAAGGCUGGCCAGCAGGCCCCCUCCUCCUUUGAGCUCCUCUGCCAGGACCAAGCACCCACUGCGGGGGGGGGGGGGGGGAGGGAUGGCCCCUCCCACCCUGGAAGCCCUCCUACCCACCCCAGGCGUGCAGGUGCCCUGGGUCACACCAGACAUCUAGUGGGAACCACCACCUGGAUGCUGGUGGGCCCCCAGGGCUCAGACUGUGUGGAAGGAAGAUGCAUCCCCUGCCCCAGGCCACCCUGGGCACCUCUCCCUCUCCCUUGCUCUCUGGAUGCAUGAGGAUGGGGGCCCCAGCUGGACCCUGGGCAUGGGGAAGUUGGACACGCGCGCACACACACACACACACUCUCAGACCACAACGUGUGUGUGCACACACACAACCCCAACCGGCCUCCUGCACUGACCAGGGAGGGACUGGGCCCGCUCCGCCCCGACCAAAAGGGCCGUGGGAACCUGGCCCCAAACUCUUGACAACCUGCAGCCAAGACUUCACCCCAGGGAGAUGAGGGGAAAGGAGAAAAGCAGAUGCCAACCGAGACCAGUUUUUUCUCUUUGUACGAGAGCAGAGACACUAUCCGUUUUCCCACUGUUACUUCAAACUGAAACUGUAAGUGGUUUUCCUGCCACUGUGUAUGUAGAUAUAUCGACUUUGUAUUAAAGGAAGAUUGUCUGAAA